GGCCUGCCUUCUCUCUCUCUCGCGCCCCCGGGAGCUUCUCCGUCAGCUGCUCCCGCCGCCGUAGCACGGCGCGGCUGAAGUGAAAGUGGUGACAGAGUUCGUGCGAUCGCGUUGGGAUGGUGUUCUUCAGACAUCGAUGCGGUAAGAUUAGGCUUCGGUCUGCUUAUGUUGAUGCUGCGCUGACUGUGAGUGUGUCAGAGCUCGCUCGUACAACUCCACGGCAUUUCUCGUCGUCUUCUUCGAUAAGUCCCGCUUCCGGGGCUGUUUCCUCCGACGAUGCUGCCGCUGCUCAACGUGCCCAGAAGGAUAAUUCCGAUUGGAAUUCAGAUGGGCACAGUAGAUUUAGGCGAACGGAUUGUGGAGAAUCUGGGGGGUUGAAUGCGAUUGGGAGUGUGAGGGACUCUGGGAGUGAGCAAGAACAGGACUUUGGUAGUGUUAAUGUCGAUGAAGAAUCCGAAGAUGAAGAAAAUGUGGACAAUGAAGAGGGUGAUGGCUCUGAAGAUGAUAGCUUUCCGGCGGGUUGGGGUCCAUUUAAGAAUUCCAGCGAAGGAAGAUAUGUAGACCAAAGGGCUGAGGGUAUGGAAGGUGAAUAUAGACACCCAUUGGUACGAGAAACUUGUCGUCUGAUUCAGCUUCACUCAACUUGGGACCCGAAGCUUGAAAGCAAACUGAGGCAUUUACUAAGGAGCUUGAAGCCGAGGCAAGUUUGUGCUGUCCUCCGCUCUCAGCAGGACGAAAGGGUUGCUCUCCGGUUCUUCUAUUGGGCUGACCGGCAAUGGCGGUACCGGCACGAUCCCAUUGUGUACUCCACGAUGUUGGAGAUUCUUAGCAAGACCAAGCUGUGCCAAGGUGCUCGGAGGGUUCUGACGAUUAUGGGCCGGAGAGGAAUCAAGCGUCCCCCGGAAGUUUUUCGAUGUGUGAUGUUGUCCUACAGCAGGGCAGGGAAGGUGAGGGAUGCCCUGCGGAUACUGACACUGAUGCAGAAGGCGGGAGUUGACCCCGAUUUGUCUGUGUGUAACACUGUCAUUAAGGUUUUGAUAGAAAAUGAGAGGCUUGAGAAGGCCUUCAAGUUUAUGGAACGUAUGCAGAUAGUCGGCAUGAUGCCUGAUGUCAUUACAUAUAAUUGCUUGAUUAAGGGGCUCUGUGAUGUGCAUCGGGUUCAAGAUGCUGUUGAGCUGAUCGAUAUGAUGCCAGCUAAAGAUUGCUCCCCGGAUAAGAUUAGCUACUACACGGUUAUGGAUUUUCUCUGCAAGGACAAGAGGAUACAGGAGGUGAAGGAUAUGAUGGAGAAGAUGGUGAGAUAUAGUAAGUUGGUAGUAGACCAGGUUACUUACAACCAUCUUAUCCACGUGCUUUCAAAACACGGCCACGGAGAUGAGGCACUUGAGUUCUCAAGGGAGUCCGAGCGGAUGGGGUUUCGCAUCGAUACAGUGCGCGCAAGUGCUAUAGUUCAUUCUUUCUGUAAGGUGGGAAAAAUGGAUAAGGCAAAAGAAUUGGUGCAGGAGAUGUUCGCGAAAGGUUGCAUCCCGGAUGUGGUGACAUAUACUGCUGUGAUCAAUGGUUUCUGCAGAGUGGGUAAAGUAGAUCAAGCCCAGAAGCUGCUCCAGCAGAUGUACAGGCAUGGUUUGAAGCCAAACACGGUUACAUACACGGCGUUGUUAACUGGACUAUGCCGGAAUGGAAACUCACUGGAGGCGAAGAAGAUGAUCGACGUGAGCGAGGAGAACUGGUGGGUCCCUAAUGCCAUAACAUACGGCGCUGUGAUGCAUGGGCUACGCAGGGAAAAUAAGCUGUCCGAGGCCUGUGAUGUGGCUAGGGAGAUGAUGAAGAAGGGCUUUUUGCCAACGCCAGUUGAUAUCAAUUUGUUGCUUCAGUCGCUUUGUCAUGAAGGUAGAGUGGAUGAGGCCAAAAAGUUCAUGGAGGAAUGCCUGAACAAGGGCUGUGCUAUUAAUGUGGUAAAUUUCACGACAGUGAUUCAUGGAUUCUGUCGGAGAGAUAAACUGGAGGCUGCAUUAUCGUUGCUUGAGGACAUGUAUCUGAGCAACAAACACCCGGACGUAUUCACAUACACCACCUUAAUUGACUCCUUGGCUAAGAAGGGUCGAAUAGAAGAGGCGACUGAGCUUGCAGUAAACAUGCUGAAGAGAGGUCUACUUCCCACUGCCGCCACGUACAGGACUGUUAUACAUCGUUACUGUGAGCUGGGAAGGGUUGAAGAGUUGCUGCUGUUGUUAGAGAAGAUGCUUUUGCGGCAGAAGUGUCGGACAGCAUACAAUCAAGUUAUUGAGAAGCUCUGCAUUUUCGGGAACUUGGAGGCAGCUCAAAAUUUGUUGGGGAAGGUCCUGAGGACAGCUUCUAAGGAAGAUGCCAAUACCUGUCAUGUGCUGAUGCAAAGUUAUAUGAGCGGAGGGUUUGCUCUGUCAGCAUAUAUAGUGGCCUGCAGAAUGUUCCGAAGAAAUCUGAUCCCGGAUUCAAAGUUAUGUGAGAGGCUGAGCAAGAGGCUUGCGACAGAGGGAAAGAAGGAGGAGGCCGAUAAGCUCAUGCUACUUUUUGUAGAGCGUGGAUGCGCUGUAGCUCAGAGUUGAAUUUGUGGUCUUUCGUAUGUUGGGGAGAACUCCUUUUUGCAGGCAGAAUACGCCCCAUGGUCGAUUGAAGGUACUGGGCCACUGUCACUUGAACUCACGUGUGAUGAACCUCGAAUCUGUCUCUGGACAGCCAGCUCAUAACAAAAUAGUAAAACGGCCUCACACAAUGGAAUUGGUUGACGGAGCAACCCCCAAGCUGUGAGGACGCAUCUGACGAGGAGGCGAGCACCCUCUAAGGUGACCACCGUACGAGCUAGUGCACCAUGCGGGGGCAGGCAAAUGGGAACCGAACUGAGAACUCGAACCACUUGGCUGACUGACCCCUUCAUAUUGGUUUAAGCAGGGUGGGGAAUGACUGGAGCCAAUCAGAAGUGCUCAGACGUCCACACGAACCGCCAAAACUGUAAUAGCAUGUUUAAGAAACGGAAGAUAUUAUGUCGAAAUCACUUGUCGUGCUUGUAUGCUGGAUUUUGUUGUUUCUUCUAUUCGAUUAAAUACGAGAAAUACCUCAAAAUUCGAAACUGAAA